UGGAAAAUCUGUGGGUAUCAGAAAUAAUUUGAAUUGUGAAUUUUGUAGAAUCAAAAUAAAUUAAUUAUUUUUUUAAUCCAUGAAAAGGUUAAAAAUUGACGGAUUGAGUGGAAUCGGGAUUCAACGCUCAUUGCAUGCCCACAAAUACAAAUAACAAAAUUGAGGAUUAAAAUCAAAAUAAAAAUCCUUCGGGACUGCGGAAAACUUGUCUUAUGGUGGACCAAAUUGUUUCAUGUUUUGUGAAGCAAAGUUAAAUCAAUUAAGAAUCAUGAGCUACUCAUCAAACUACCUACGUUUGAUUUCUUGGACAAAGCAGCUAAACUCUCACGUAAAGCAGGGCUUUCACCAACAAGCUCUUGUUGUUUUCAACCAUAUUCAAACUUCUCUAGCUCUCUCUCUCGAUCCCUAUGUCUUAUCUCUCGUUCUCAAGUCAUGUUCCGCCAUCCACCGCUCUCAACUAGGCGCCGCCAUACAUUCCCACUCUAUUAAAAUGGGUUUUCUCUCAAACCCAUUUGUUGCUUGCGCUCUCGUCGACAUGUAUGGAAAAUGCGUUUCCACCUUUUCAGCUCGUAAAUUAUUCGACGAAAUUCCUCAAAGGAAUGUGGUUGUUUGGAAUGCGAUGAUAUCGCUAUAUACGCAUUCUAAUUGUGUUUCUGAUGCUUUGUAUAUGUUUGAUGCAAUGCAUGUUGCGCCUGAUGCGUCCACUUUUAAUGCAAUAAUUGCAGGUCUGGCCGGGACGGAGGAUGGGUCUGCGAAAGCCAUUGCUUUUUAUUGGCGAAUGAGGGAGUUGAGUUUGAAGCCAAAUUUAAUUACGCUUCUUGCACUAUUGCGUGCUUGUGUGCGCAUGACGUCUUUGAAUAUGAUUAAAGAAAUUCAUGGAUGCUCAAUAAGAAACCAUAUCGAUCCACAUCCCCAGUUGAGAAGUGGCUUAGUAGAGGCCUAUGGGCGAUGCGGAUGUCUUAUUAAUGCAAGUAAUGUGUUUUAUAAUAUGAAGGAGCGGGACGUUGUUGCAUGGAGUAGUUUGAUAUCUGCAUAUGCACUUCAUGGGGAAGCAAGAAGUGCACUUGAAACAUUUCACCAUAUGGAAAUGGCAAAAGUGUUGCCUGAUGACAUUACUUUUCUAGCAGUUUUAAAAGCUUGUAGCCAUGCAGGAUUAGCUGACGACGCAUUGGAUUACUUCGCCAGAAUGCAACAAGAUUAUGGCUUGCAACCAAGCAGUGACCAUUAUUCUUGUUUGGUUGAUGUUUUGAGCAGAGCAGGGAGGUUGUAUGAGGCAUAUGAUAUCAUACGGGGAAUGCCAGUGAAGGUGACUGUGAAAGCUUGGGGUGCCCUCCUUGGGGCUUGUCGAACUUAUGGAGAAGUUGAAUUGGCGGAGAUUGCAGGGAGGGCUUUGUUUGAGAUAGAACCUGAUAAUCCUGCCAACUAUGUCUUAUUGGCUAGAAUUUAUGCCAGCAUGGGGAGACACGGGGAAGCUGAGAGAAUGAGAAGAGAAAUGAAAGAGAAGGGAGUGAAGGUAGCUCCUGGCGGUAGCUGGGUGACAUAAAGACUUGCUGAUAGACUUAUGACAUGAUUAUCUGCCAACUGAAAGUUGCUUUAGAAGGCUAAACAGGUGUAGCAGAUCUCUCUUUAAUGCUCGGUCAAAGCUCCAUCUUUUAUGAGCAAACAAGAAGUGGUAAAAGGUAGCCCUUAAAGGAUGCCAAUUCAAAGAUGGAGGCUUGCACUUUUUGUGAGGUUGAACUGUUGCAUUAACAACUUUGAAGUCAAGCCUGCAUAAUAAAAGAGGAGGUGAAAUGAUGGAGAAGGAAAACUGAUGGAUAUGUUGGGGGUAGCAUCAUCAUUUCUGGGUACCAAAGAAACAAGAACCAUUUGCUAGAUUUCUGGAUACUGUGAACAAAAUGAUAAGUACACUCCACAUGUUACAGUCUACGAGCCUUUGCUCUACUUAGCUUGGCUUCAUUUACCAGCUGAACUUAAUAUUGAAGCCAGAAAGGUGUUGUUCAGUAACCAAAUCGUCAUGAUGCUUUUGUAUUUGUUUUGUCCCCUUUGAAUGCAAGUUAAUUAUAAAGAAGUAGAAUCGUCAUGAUGCUUUUAAUGCAAGUUACCAAAGCCACUCCCUGAGCAGCUAAAAUGUACUUAGUGAUUCAUCUACAAUAUCUUUAAUCAAGCUGGUGUAUUUUCCAAGAAAUGAAGACCGAUUUGAUAGGAUGAAGAAAAUGGUCAAGUAGAGAAUAGGAGUGCUAUUGGUAUAUUUAUUGGCAGAAGAGAUAAUUUCUCAA